ACAACCAUAGUUUAUGGAGCUCAAUAGUCAAUGCUAAGUAUAUUCAUGGUAAAGAACUUAUGGAUUUAGAACCAAAGCCUAUAGACUCUUAUGUGUGGAACGCUAUUCUAAACCAAAUAGCUCUCCUGAAUAGAGGGAUGUGUCGGAAAAUUAGAAAUGGAAGAAACACUUCCCUUUGGUUUCACCCUUGGGUCCCCAAUGACGUUUUCCAGCCUACACCGCUGCUUGAUGCCACACUCGGAGUUAGUAGAGUUGUUGAAUUCAUGGAUGAGUUCAAAUGGAAUGAAAGGAAAAGAAGGGAUUGGUUUCAAGCUUCGAAUGCAAGGAGGAUCCUGGACAUCACGCUCCCACAAUCGGAUGGAGAAGAUGGAUGGUUUUGGCCAAUUGAGAAAUAUGGCCUAUUCUAUUCUCUAUUAAAUCUGCUUAUAGGAUGGUCUCAAACAAUGACAGAAAAUGGAGAAGUAAAGCACUCAUACAAAUGGAUAUGGGGGUCAAAAAUCCAUAGUAGAUUAAAACUUUUGUGGUGGCAAGUUCUGUCGGAUGGCCUUCUAACUAGAGUGAAGCUUAACAAGUUAACCAAGAUGGGAGAUGUCUCUUGUCCCUUAUGCGGUGUGGCGGAGGAAACCACGGGACAUUUAUUUUGGGAAUGUCCUGUUUCAGAAUCAAUAUGGUUUGGGUGCCACUGGGGAAUUCGCCCUACGACCAUUUGCUUCACGGAUUGGAUUCGAUGGUUCAGGCAUAAUAAUAAUAGGCCCCCAACUCUAUCUUUCCAAUCAUUAUUGAUACCGUGUGGCAAGAGAGAAACCGCAUAAUCCAUUAAGGGAAAGCUACUGCAAGGCAGGAACUCAUUCGUAGAGUGAAUCAUAGACUAAACGAGAUCGAUACUUUGACUACUCACAAUGUAGACUGCUGGAAUCAGUGGACACCUCCUCCACAAGGCUGGAUAAUCUGUAAUACAGAUGUGUCUAUCUCUAUACUACCGAAGUGUGUCCUUCAAAUCCUGCUACAGUCGAGGCUCUAGCACUUUGUGAAGGUGCAAAAAUUGCAGUAGCCAAGCAAAGGAAAAAUGUGGUAUUCCAAAGCGACUGCAAGGAGAUUACUGAUGUGCUACAAAGAAGGGAGUUGGGGAACCAACCCAUCACUUCUUUGUCGUCAAAGAAUUUACUUAAUGGGAAAUUCAGCAUAUAUCGAGGUCUUGUAAUUAUGCUGCGCAUAUUCUAGCUGAGUGGGCUAGGAAAACUCAUCAAUUUGGCUUUAUCAGCGUGAAUGAGGUUCCGCGGGGUCUUCUCCAGGAUGACAAGGAAUUUGACCCAGGUUAAUCCAGGCACAAAUGUUAGAUUGGAUGGCCUCUGGCCGUUAUUCCAUCUUGGUAGUUUCAGUGUUUUGUUGUUUGGUUUUUUUCUGUUCAUUUCUGUUUAUGUUGUUUGGGACUGAUGGUUAGACUUUAGCUAGUAUCUUUGGCUUGGGAUCCUUUUGGAUUCGGAUUUUAGUUAAUCUGUUCUGGCUGCUCUGUUUCUCGGGCACCAGUUAUAAAAAAGGUACAUAUUCCAUUCCUUGGGAUUCCUUGUAAAAUCACAAAAUAGAAAGGGCAUAUUAGCAAUAAAAAAUUCAGUAUAGUUAGCCGGUAGUAAAUAGCCCAUUACAGUAGCCAAAUAAUGCAUCUUUCCCCUUCAUCUUUUCUUUCUUACCGUUUAAGCACAGGCCUAGACGCCAGUUCAGUUAUCUGUUGGCUGCUUACGAUAUUCCUUCAAUUCCAUUAUUUUCUCUGGAAAAUGUCUCAGCCAUGUCAAAGCAAUUGAUUUAAUUGGUUGGCUACCCUGCAAAAUAUUAUGAUUGUGGAUAUUUCUGCGUUUGCGCAGAUGGUAUUUCGUGCUGAAAUGCGGAGACUGCUUUGCAUUAUCGGCCUUUUAGUUACUCUUCUUGUUGUUUCACAGUGUUUGACAUUUCCAUUUGGGAAGACCUUUUACUUUAUAUCUGCUAAUAUGGGUUCAAGUCCUAUGCUCACCGACAAUGCUGAUAGCUUAAAUAAUUUAAAAUCAGCCAAAAUAUAUGCAAUUGAAGUGGUGGCUGGUAAUGAUUCUAGUCCUUUUAACGAGGACAAUGAAUUUAGCUAUGAAAAUGGUGUGGAUGGUGAGGAUUACUAUGAACUAGAAUCAGAUGGCGAUAGCAAUUUAAGCAAAAUGUCCAUAUCUGAGAAGGGCGUAAGGGGAUUUGGAAUGGAAUCUGAUAUUAGUAGGCAUAAUGUUUUUACUCAGGCUAGUAAGAAAAAUGAGAGUUUUAAAAAAGACAGAGAUCCUACUAUUAGUACAAGAACAACUUCUAGUGAAGCUAAGAAUCAAGCUAUUUUGUUUAAAGACAGCACAAGAGAUUCGGAUAUGAGAGGACAGACUGAGAACAGGAAGGCUGAGCUGUGGAUAACCGGUUCAGAGAAUAUGAAAAACUCUAGUCUGUUCAUGCCAAAGAGGCGGGCUAAACAUCGAACAACAAUAUCACAAAUGCACUCACUAUUGCUUCAAAGUACUCUUUCUUUUCGCUCAAUGAGGCCUAGGUGGUCUUCUGUUCGCGAUCGUGAACUUCAAUCUGCAAAGCUGGAGAUUGAGAAUGCACCAAUCAUAAGAAACUGUCCAGAACUUAGUGCAUAUGUCUUCCGGAAUGUUUCUAAGUUUAAGAGGAGUUAUGAAUUGAUGGAGCGCUUGCUCAAAGUUUAUAUAUACAAGGAAGGAGAAAAACCUGGAUUCCAUCAACCUAAUCUGAGAGGAAUUUACGCUUCAGAAGGGUGGUUUUUGAAACUGAUGGAGAGAAGUAAAAAGUUUGCUGUGCGAGACGCUAAGAAGGCUCAUUUAUUUUAUUUACCCUUCAGCUCAAAAAUGCUGAGGAUAAAAUUUUCUGGACAAAAAUUUGGGGGGAAAAUGGAAAUUGAGAAAUAUCUAACGAGCUAUGUGAGUUUAAUCUCAAGAAAAUAUCGGUUUUGGAACAGAACUGGAGGAGCGGAUCACUUUCUUGUUGCUUGUCAUGACUGGGCCCCUUAUAUUACAGAAAAGUGCAUGAAGAAUUGCAUUCGGGCUCUUUGCAAUGCUAAUGUUGGUAAAGACUUUAAAAUUGGCAAGGACAGUAGUCUACCUGUUACUUAUAUUCGCUCUGGAGAAGCCCCUCUGAAGGAUGUUGGAGGAAAACCGGCUUCAGCGAGAUCUAUCUUGGCCUUCUUUGCAGGCGGAAUGCAUGGCUAUCUCCGGCCAAUUCUGCUGCACCACUGGGAGAACAAAGAGUCUGACAUGAAGAUUUUUGGCCCAAUGCCACGUGAUAAUGAAGGCAAAAAGCUUUACAGGGAGUACAUGAAGAGCAGCAAGUAUUGCAUAUGUGCCAGGGGUUACGAGGUUCAUACACCAAGAAUUAUUGAGGCCAUCUUUUAUGAGUGUGUGCCUGUCAUUAUAUCAGACAACUAUGUGCCUCCUUUCUUUGAGGUAUUGAACUGGGAGACAUUUUCGGUCUUCGUUCAAGAGAAGGAUGUUCAUAACUUGCGAAAUAUUCUACUCUCAAUCCCGAAUGAGAAGUACAAAGCAAUGCAACUAAGAGUUAAGAUGGUUCAGAAGCACUUCUUUUGGCAUAAAACACCCGUAAAGUAUGACGUAUUUCACAUGACACUUCACUCAGUUUGGAACAAUAGAGUUCUUCAGGUAAACCCCAGAUGAAUAUGAAAUCAGAGAGCCUUGAAUGAAAGGAAUAGUAAAACAAGCCAAAAGCAAAAACAUGGCCUUGACAAGUCUGCUGGGGCUGUUUUCUCAUGCCAUUUUAAACAAUAUAGAUGUAAGUCUAGUUGGCACUGCCUUCAAAAGUCACCCUUGAAGUUGAAGAAAAGUGAUGUGAGACAAUCCAAGCGUAUAAAUUUCUCAGCUGAAAUGAAACUGAAAGGCCCUUUUGGGCUUUGCUUAUUCUUGAAUGGGUGAUGUAAAAAAAAUUACAUGGUCAUAUACUGUUGUCUCUUUACGUGAAUAUGUAUGUAUAUUUUUGUCGGUUGUAAUAUAAAUAAUGGAAAAUUGCUAUGAAGUGCAUCAGGCCAACUCCAAUCAUAAAAGUCUUUUGGUAUCGGUUCAAUACCAAAAUAAUAAAAUUUUAGUAUCAUAUUUUUUUUCUCUC